AUGUCAGGCAUGCUGAAUCAGAAUCCGUUGUCAAAAUCCAGAAAUUCCGUCAUCUUGAUGGUGAAAUCUGGAAAAAUCCGAAAAAUCGCGAAAAUCGCUUAUAACUUUCGACCGGUCGAUAAUUGUAAAUUGUAAGUUGGGUUCAGAAGUCUUAGAAUUUCGUGAAGAAUACGAUGGAAUCAAAAAAAAUCCGAAAAGUCCAACCGUUAGGGGUGAUAUCCGGAGGGCAUAGAUAUGCAAAUUUCGAAAAAACCGAAAGUUUCGGCCCCAAUCGAUGAUGACAAUAGCCAAAAAGCUAAGGGCUACCUGAAAAAUGUCAAAAGUUACGGCGAAAAAACGAUUAAAAAAUCCCACUUUCAACAGGGCGCAGCUCGCCGGAAACGAAAAAUUUCAACUAUCCGCUGAUGCCAAAAGUCUUAGAAUUUUGUGUAGCAACUUCACUAAAAAUUUUUUCCCGAUAUCUCAACGUUGAAUAGUUUUCAGUUUAGUUUUUUAGGGUAUCUUUCGACAAGCCCCCGCUUCGCGGGGCCUUGACGUCGCUGUGCGCGCAAAGGUUGCCCCUGCACAGUGUCGCUGAUCGCGCACUACCUCUGGAGUCGCUGGCCACGCUUCGCGCGGCCAGAAAAACGCGCUAUCGCGCGUUCUACUUACUCAAGCCCGGGAGUCUCUGUGACCGAGAGGCCGCGCGCCAGCGCUACCCUCCGCCAGCGAAAGGCCGCGCGCCAGCGCUACCUUACAUCAACGAAAGGCCGCGCGCCAGCGCUACGUUUCAUCAACGAAAGGCCGCGCGCCAGCGCUACGUUUCAUCAGCUAACUUUAAUCGAUCAACUGUUUUUUGGACUUUGCCUCGGCCUUCGGCCUCGGCACAGUUCGCUGGAGCACUCUACAACAACAUUCCGAAGGUUCCGUAA